CAUCCACGCACGCACAUGGCCCAGCUCUCUGCUCUAAGAACAGAAAGAAAGCAAUGAGGAGACUCGGCUGAAACUCCAGGCUUGAGGUGAUUCGACUCUUGUAUGGUUGAUGGUCCGACGUCAGAUUCCUGCUUCGUGAUUUUCGCCGUAACCCUGCAUCUUGAGUUGAGUUCAUCAUGGGGGACGCCGACUGCGACUCCACCAGCUCCAUGCGUCUAAAGCAAGAGAUUUCACUACUGCACGGUGUCUGCCUCAUUGUGGGGAACAUGAUUGGCUCGGGCAUCUUUGUUUCUCCCAUUGGUGUUCUUGAGCAAACGGGAUCUUACGGUCUGUCUCUGGUGGUUUGGGUUAUUGGAGGAAUCUUCUCUGUUUUUGGUGCCCUGUGUUACGCUGAGCUGGGCACAACCAUUCGCAAGUCAGGAGCUAGUUAUGCCUACAUCCUGGAGGCCUUUGGGGGCUUCCUUGCAUUCAUCCGUCUGUGGACCUCGCUGAUGAUCGUGGAACCGGCCUGCCAGGCGGUCAUUGCUCUUACUUUCGCUAAUUACCUAGUGAAACCGUUCUUCCCCACCUGCCCGGCUCCAAAUGAUGCAGUACGGCUCAUUGCAGCACUCAUUAUAGGUCUUCUCACUUUUGUAAACUGCAUGAAGGUGAAAUGGGGGGCCAUUCUUCAGGUCAUCUCCACUGUGGCUAAAGUCCUGGCUCUCAUUGUCAUUAUCAUUGCUGGGAUGGUUGUGCUGGCCCAAGGAAAAACAGACAACUUUAGGGAUUCCUUUGAGAACUCUAAACUGGAUCCAGGAAACAUGGCUCUGGCUCUGUAUGCCGCUCUGUACUCGUACUCAGGCUGGGACACCCUGAACUUCAUCACAGAGGAGAUCAAAAACCCAGAGAGAAACCUGCCCUUGUCUAUAGCGAUCUCCAUGCCUAUUGUCACAAUAAUCUACAUCCUCACUAACGUCGCCUAUUAUGCAGUGCUGGACAUGCAUACACUGCUACAGAGUGAAGCUGUGGCUGUGACGUUUGCUGACUAUGUGCUGGGAUAUGCUAGCUGGCUCAUCCCUCUGUCUGUGGCCAUCUCCUGUUAUGGAGGUUUAAACUCCUCUAUCAUUGCCGCAUCCAGGUUAUUCUUUGUGGGUUCGCGUGAGGGGCAUUUACCCAACAUCCUCUGUAUGAUCCACGUCAAACGCUACACACCAAUCCCAGCCCUGCUGUUUAAUGGUGGCAUGUCCCUCAUAUUUCUCUGUGUGAAAGACGUGUUCCAGCUAAUUAAUUACUUUAGUUUUAAUUACUGGCUGUUCAUUGGCCUUUCUAUAGGCAGUCAGAUCUACCUGCGCAUCAAAGCACCUGACCUGCCCCGUCCUGUUAAGUUGAGUCUGUUCUUCCCGAUAGUGUACUGCCUGUGCAGUGUGUUUCUGGUGGUCGUACCGCUCUACAGUGACACUGUAAACUCUCUGGUGGGAAUCUUAGUCGCUCUCUCCGGGGCUCCUGUGUAUUACUUAUGUGUGCACCUCCCGCCCAGCUCAAGACCCGCCUUUCUGGCACACAUGCUCGAUGCAGUUUCAUUGCAGACACAGAAGCUGUGUUAUUGCUGCGUGGCAGAUUCCAGCUUGGACCUGGACAAUCCGCCUGAGGAUCACAAAAAUGAAUAAACAUCGGCUCGCAAGGAAGCUAAACCAAAGAAGCUGGAUUACCCAGACUUCUUUGAGCAUAAUCCAAAACUCAAGCCAGGACCGCACGUCUCCACCUUCCAGUCUUGAGCGUGCAUGGAAUUGAGCAAUGGAUCGAGAUGGAGAUUAGGACUGAAAUAUUCAACCGAGUAAACAACUGAACACACGAGUACACACACCCCCUGUGCCUCUGAUCCCUCAGACCUCUGACUGUGUUUUAAACAUCAAGUUCAGUCCAGUGGACACAAGAAUGUGGCGGUGAUGCUGUUUUAAAAAAAUUUGGUUUACCUCCUUGUUUUAUUCAUAAAUGUUUAUUUUAUUUUUCCUUUUGUGACCUUCUGCUGUUCAUCACAUAUGACAUAUGUCUUAUAUGACACUUUACUGGAGAUGAUCAACUUGUGUUAGGCCUGUUAACAGAAACAUGGCAACUUUAGAGAUAUUCAAGAGGCAUUUUUGCUGGAUAUUGAAUUUUGUCUACUGAGAUGAAGGACCAUUUCAUAGGUACUCCAGACUUGAAAGCCAUAUCUUUUUUUUUCUUUUUUUUUUUUUUUCUUUUUAGGUUAUAACUCCAGUUGGGAAAACUACUUUGUUUUUGAAGUUACUCUGUGGGCCUUAAUUCAGCAUUGUAUAAAGGUUUCUUCCUGUUAUCGAGUGUGUCCUAAUAGUCCAACGCACAGUAUGUGUUUUGUAAUGAUGUCCAGACCAGAAAAUUGUGGAUCGGAUGUUUUUAGAUUUAGUCUUUAUUUUUAGCGAAUAAUAUCAUUCCAUUUGGUUUGUAUCAUUUAAGUGACUUUUUUUAUUCUAGAUCAUUUCCUUAGGCCCCAAAAAACGUGACGGUACAGUUUGCAUAAAUGGUUUGGAAAGCAGUUUUGGGGAGUGCUGCCACUAUGUACAGAAAUGUGUUUACCAGACAGUUAUCAUUUGAGUUUACAAGAGAGGAGGAAUCUGUGCCUUGACGCGUUCACCAGUUUUGGUCGAUCUCAACUUCAGAUGUUUGUAAAUCAUCUUAUUUUGUAUGAUUGUUUACGCACAGACAUCACUUUAAAAACUGAUGGUCAGAUGUGUCAUUUUACAGGAUUUCUAAUGAGUCACUCCGUUCCUUAUCAGAUGGACUCAGAAUAAUAGGCCAAAGAAUUGGUUAAAGGAUUACCAGCAAAUAUGAAGUCUUAAGAUGUUCACGACCAUAAAACUUUAAUGUAUCUUAAAGCUGCUAAAUUACAGUACAUCUUGCUGUUGCUCUUGUAUUCUGUACUUCAGCUCUUGAUUCCAUGCACAGUCCAUCCCUCUGUCCAAUAAAGUAACCAAAGUCAUAUUUGAAUCCAUCCAGAAUAUGUCCUGUCCUGAUAUUAUUAAUUACAUGCAAUUCUGACCCAGCUCAUUUUCUUUUGCAAAUGGUUGUGUUAAUCACCACAACAAAAUAUUUCAAUGUUGAUCGUCUUCAUGUUUGUUCUGUUAAACAUAUUCCAUAAUUUUUUUUCCGCCUGUGUCUUUAGGUACUGUAUUGUUAUGAUUCGUGCCUUAAAGCAGUUGUAUUUUAAUAUGACCAGAUGAGCAACAUUUUGUGCAGGACAUUCAAAUAUUCUGUAUACAGUCUUUUGAGAGUUGAUGUUAUUAAACCUAUAUACUCUUCUAAAUGUUCUUCCAUUGCAUACAUGUUCAUGUAUAACUGUUCAUUGGUUUCUUUUAUUUAUUCCAUAGAUUCAGAAGUGUAGACACUAUGACAAUAAACAUUAGACAAAAAGAAACCUUCA